GGAAAGAGGUGUCGGGCAUUAUCGCGUUGAUGGACGAAGUCCCCGAAUUCAGAUCAGACCUUUUUGAAGAGCUCGCGAAGCGAUGGAAGUAAAAGUUCGGCUUCGAGUGUUCAAGGGUGUCCUGGUAUGCAGGGUCUAGACUUGUAGCAUUCUCUUGUCUUAGAAGUAUGUCUUCACCUUCACUCAGCACCACGUUUGCCAUCAUGCGGAUUUCAUCGCGCGCCUCCAACGCGUCGACGCGCGUGAUUCGCGUGCCCAAUUUCACCUUUACUGCAAACUCGUCUCUUUACAGUCACCGUCUUCCCGCAUUCAAACUUUCGAUCACCUAGCUACGUCAAUAACCAGCAAACUUGUCGACCAUGGACUACCAAGAUCAGCGCAAGCGUGCCUUCAGUCAGGCUUUUCAGCUUGCAAAUCAACCCAGGUUCAGUGACAGCCGCUCUCAACCAGCCAAGCGCAUCUUGACAUACCCACUUCAUUCUAUGGGUCUCUGUUACCAGAACACCGAUAAGGAGAACGACGGUCCACUUGAUCUAGACUAUGAUUCUACUGUUGACGAGGCCCCCGGGACACAGGUCCGUCAUCCGCCGCCUAUAAAUUUGCGGCGCACACGUCCUGUACUGUACAAUACCGCUUCGCUGCAGUACGAACUCUACGGCGACGGGCCAGGACCAGAGGCUGGUACUAGUUACGACCCAAACUCUGUUGUACGAAAUGCAGGCUUGAGAGACUCAGACGUUUGCAAAUCUCCUCUCUCAACGCCGUCGAUCGUUCGAGGCAAGUCGAUGUUUGGCCCUUCGCCCUAUCUCAGGCCAAAUCUCAGCUUGUCACUGGGUAGUAGUGCAGAUUCCUGCUCCCAGACUGCAUUCAUAUCUGGCGUGCUCGAAAACGCAGGCCCUCCAAUGAGCGAUGCUACGACAGCGGUGAACCCGUUGACACCAAGCACUCUGAAAUUUGGCGAUCUGUCAUUGAAUAGCGAAGGAUACUCGUUCAUGUCAUCGCCUCUUCGGCAAAGCGUUCAAGGCAACCGCGCGACAGUCUCUAUGGUAUCGACCUGUUCUUUCUCAAAGUUCGACUCUCAUUAUCAAGUACAGCACAGUCGCUCGCACGUUCGCAGAUCCAUCCCAGUGAUCCACCCAAACGAAGUCGUUGUUUUGUUCGACAAGGGCAAGGCGAUUAGAAAGGCGAACAAAUAUGCGCUGUGCAACGCCUCACGCCUCUUCGCUCAGUUGCUUGGAGGUCCUUCCUUGGACCCUGGCCUCACGCGGUGCCUCCGCCUCCGCGACGACUUCCCAUACGCCAUCACUAUCAUGCUUUACUUCAUCGAGACCGGCUACUACGUGUUCGAUCAGCGGGCAUUUACGAGACAUCCCCUUCUCUCAGCACUUGACUACCACAUUCACGCCUACCUCGUUGGCCGCAAGUACAACAUCAAAGGGCUCCGAGACUGCGCCAUCAAAGCCUACCUCAUUACUGCACAGCAAGAGUUGGACAACGGUUUCCUGAUGGUUCCCGACGACCAAAAUCCCAGCAUUCAGUUUCCCACAACUGGGUUUCCGAUCAUAGCCCCUGCAGACGAUCACAAUGACGGUGAGACCAAGAUAACACCUGUCGACCGCUUUCUCAACUCACUGGCGCUGUUGUGGAAGAACGCGCAGUCGGACCGUGAUCCAAUGCGUCAAGUAGUGCUUGAGCUGAUCAAGCGGAAUCUGAGCAAGCUGCUGGGAGUACCGUUCUUCAUCACCCUCAUGCAAGAUGUGGUCGGGUUUGGAGACGACAUCAUGACGAGCUUAGGAGAUGAUGGGUUUGAGGUGAAAGCGCUCCAGUUCCCCAAAGGAGGAAGGCCACGUCCGACUUUUUACUUUGAUAUCUAGUUUCAGGGCAAUGGUUCGUUCUCUUGUGGGGGACGUGUAUGAUUCUGCGUAGCAGGUGGGGUUUUGAGGUCCUCGAAUUCGGCGAUUGUCGAGUGUGACAAGGUACGAUGAAGUCUAGUAUGCAUCGUCAGCGCGAACAGAUGAUAGCACGUAGCUUGGAGAGCUUCUUUGAGACCAACAUCA